AACGCAGACAAGGGAACCUCCAAGAAAGAGCCGCGGAGCAAAAGCUCUACUAAAUGAACCUGACGCCUUAAGGAUUAUAUAAUUCAGAAGACGCCGAUACAGAAACCCAUCUAAACCCGACAUUUUUACAAAAACACGCUUUCCUGACAGGUUUGGAGUAUAUUUGGAUGUGUAGCUGUCUACUGCCUCUAUAACACCAUAAUAACAGCAGCGGCGUCAGGUAAAUAAAGGCGCAUAAUUCUCCUCCCAGCGUUAUUUUCGAUGCUUUUUUACUUUAAAGGACAUAUUUCUCAGUCGUAUUUUUAAGUCCCUGUUCUUUUAUAACUUUAUUCCGCAAUUAGUUUAUUUGCCUGACAGUACAGUCAGCUGUAGUUUCCAGCUAUUGUCCUCUUCGUGGAAACAGCGACUCCCUCAGGCCGCCGCUGGUACUGCAGGUGCCGCUGUGCUGUAAGUGAGACACUGGGAGCCUGAAUAAUUCAACAGUGGAAAAUGAGCACAGAAGAGGCUGAAGCACCAACCAAAACUGCCACAGACGAGGAUGGCAUGUCCUGGUGGUACCGCUGGAUCUGCAAACUGGCCGGUGUGCUGGGUGGCAUAUCAUGUGCAACUAUGGGCGUUUGGAACUGUGUUACUGUGCAUCCGCUGAAUAUUGCUGCUGGAGUUUGGAUGGUGUUGACAGCGUUUGUGUUGUUUCUGUGUGAGGUGCCGUUCUGCUGUCAGUUUGUGGAGUUUGCCAAUGCAGUGGCGGCACGUGCAGAUCGACUGAAGCCCUGGCAGAAAGCACUCUUCUACUGCGGGAUGGCGCUGUUUCCCGUCUUUCUGAGCUUCUCCAUCACAACUUUGGUUGGUAACGCUAUUGCCUUUGCUACAGGAGUUCUGUACGGACUAGCGUCUCUCGGAAAGAAAGGAGACGCUGUGAGUUACGCCCGAUUGCAGCACCAGAAACAGGGCGACGAGGAAAAACUAGCGGGAACGACGGAGGAAUCUGUGCCCUGAAUCUCCUCUUCACCUCUUCUACCUCCAAUGCACCCUUUUUACAGUGGCCGACAGAGCUCACGAUCACGAACAAGUUAAGAAAACAAAUGCAAAUAGAAAAACAAGAAAACAUCUUUAUCAGUUUGACAACACACACACACUCAAACUCUUACAACACAUGCAAAUACAGAAACACACUGCAAAUAAUGCUGACCACAAUGGAAAUGUGUUGGGGGACAGCAAAAAGUAAACCCAGCUCAUUCCUGUCUUCAGUCGAUGGUAUUGUUAGAGAUCUGAUAAUUUAGUUCCUUAUAUUUUUAGCACAGAUUACAUUAAACGAAAUGUUAUUUUAAAGUCAUGUUAGUUUCAGAACUGAAAAUAUACAAACCACAACGAACUGUAUGAUAAAAAAAGUUAAAAAGGAUGUUUAAAUAAACUAAAAACUCACCUCUUAGAUAUCCAACAACACAGCUGACUCUAAAACAGGAAGGGUUCUUCACUUUUAGGGUUCUCCGACCAAUUAAUGAUGAUUUAUACUUAUGCAUCAAGCGCACGCGUAUGGUCUGGCUCAGCCUUUGCAUGGUCGCAGACACCUCGCUGACGCACCUCUGAAAAAAUUUAACUACACUUCUAAACAACGCGUAGCACAAGCUCUGUGAUUGGUCGACUUGGUAGCUGUGACCAGUGUGGGCGGUGAUGAAAGCCUAAUGGAGCGAGUGUUUACAAGUGUCCAGUCCAGUGAAAGAGCUCCAGAUGGAAACUUUUGUUUUGUGUUCACAUUUCUGUUAUUAAAGUUGUUGCACGUCCGCUGGUUCCCACCUCUGAAUGAGCGAGUUUGAGCUGCUUGUACAUUAAAGUAGAAUUCAGAAAAAAAAAACACCCGUGCAGAAACUCGACACAGAGGAACAUAAAAACCUGCUGCCAGCUAGCAAUUCGGAAAUGUUAUUGCAGAGCAACACUAACAGCGCGCAGAAGUAUAAAUGCACGACUACACACAAGACAUUCACUGUGGGACACGGCGAUCGCUUGAUGCAAAAGUAUAAACCAGGCUUUAUUGCUGUGCUCUGCAUAAUUUGCAGCACAGGUCUGUAUUUGUGUGUGUUCUGAGUGUGUCCUUACUUUAGCAUUCACUGCUUUUUUAUUAUCAUUAUUAUUGGGCAGUUUCCCAGUAUUAGUCAAGCAUCUGUUUGGGUCAUAUUUCACCAACAACUUGUUAUGUUUUCUUUUAUAUAUUUUAGCUUUUAUGUAUGCAUUUAUUUAUAAAAGAAAAUGAUUAUAUGAAUUUUCAAACUGCUGUUACAAUAACAAGAUUCAUAACAAUUCUCAACAACAGGAAUUAUAAGUUAAAUAGUUUGACCAUUUUAUAAUCUGAUCUUACUUAUUUUGCCAGUAUAUCAAUAGCUCUGUUUCCAUCUAAAGAUGCGAACAUAAUUUAUGCGCAAAACUGGAUUAUUGCAUAAAAGACGUGCGAAUAAAGCAGUGUUUCCAUCCAACGAGUCAAAGAGAACAAAAUCGUCACUUCCUGGUUAACUGGCGCCAAAUAUCAACAGUAAAAACGUAAUUUGCUGCGGUAAAAUCUUUUCUUCAUUUAAUAAAUGACUUACAUCUCAGAAGGCAAUCCAGACAUGCAAUGAACGCGCAGCGGUUUAAGGCGUGAGACACGGAGCACAGACACUCUUGACAGUUCUGGAGGUCAUUAAUAAUAUACUAACACGAAUACGGAGAUGGUUACAGCGUUUUAGAAUGACCUAAACAACAUUUCAGAUGUUUUACAGUGCGCAUGCUAGUAAAAGUGUUUCCAUUGUAGUUUAUGCGCAUUGAUAUUUCUUAUCAAAUAAAAUGAUCAAAAAAAAAUUUAUGUGCACAUAUCUGUCAACAUUGGGAUGUGAAAAUAAGGUAUAUGCCCACCAUAAUAAGCAAUUCCGCCGACCUGACCCACCAGCUCCCCACCGCUCUCCUUUUUUGUUUUUGUUUUUUAAAGUCCCCAAAUUACUAAAUACGUUUAUUUGGAGAUGUUUCAUUGUGAAAAGACUUAUUACUGAGUUAGAUGGUCAGUAACAGCCUAUGUUUUCUUAUUUUUUUUUUUACAAAAGAAAAAUAAAUAUUAUACAUUAAUACUAUUUAGUAUUAAGUAGUAUUAUGCAGCAAAUCCAUUAGCAAACAUUUCAGCUUAUUAAAAUGAAUAGCUAUUAUAAUGAAAUAGAAUCAAGCUAUCAGAUCUCAUUAGCCGUUUCUUCACUGUAUAACUUACACAUUCUGAUUAAAUAGCAACGACUGAAUCUCUUAUUUAUUUAGAUUUUUAUAUAGAUAACAGGUGUCACUUUAAAAUUAAACACAUUUAAUGUUCUCAUAAAAGCAUUAGAUUGCUUUCCUAACAUUUUAUGCUCAUUUAGGACCAAAUUAGUUGUGUUAGAAAAAACCCCCACCAAAGAUCGAAAUCUUUAGAUAUUGUUUUUAUUUAUUAUAUGUCUGAUUUAAACACGCACCCACAACCCAGACUUUCACUCUGCUUCAAAUCGCGUGUACAGAAUUAGUUCUAUUUAGUAGCGUCUAUUUAUAACUAUGGAGCGCGUCAGCUGACAGUCAUGCACCACUAUAUGACUGUUUUAAGGAUUGCAUGUGAAGGGGAGACGGCACCUGUAAUGAAAAGAAAAGUGAAUCCUGCUGUUUUUAUAUUUAUUUCAAAGUCUUUGCAUGCCCAAACAAAGCGAAAGCACAGAACAGACUCACAUUUAGGAGCAAGGGGCGGCCCCUGGUGGUUCGGCAGUAUGGGUUGCUUAUAGGGAGGCUCGGUUUAUUUGCCACUCUUCAGAGAAAGACUGAAAAUAUGGAAGAAAUACGAGAAAAUACCUUUACGGGAUGAUAUCGGGAUAGAACUUUAAAAUACAGGAGAAUCCCGGGAAAAACGGGAGGGUUGACAGGUAUGUGUGCAUUUUCUAAAUAUAUGCGCAUCUUGGCAUUUCCAUCAACCGUUUUUUAAUGCGCAUAUCCGAAAUGCAAAUUAAAAAUAGGUGGAUGGAAACAUAACUAUUGUCGCAGUACAAUUUUAUUCAAAAUAUUUCAUAUGCUGUCACUUUGCUGAAGCUGUUUUCUCUAUUUGUUAGUGUUUUUCUAUUUGCAAUAGUUUUCUUAACGGGCAGCACAUUUGUGCUCUUUAUGUAACCGGAAUUUUUCUUCCUUUCGCAACAAGAUACAUUUCCUAACCGAGGUGUUUUACAGGAUUUAUUUAAGCUAACCUUUAAGACUUUUAACAGCAGUUCUCCGGUUUGUCUGUGCAGGAUUUAUUUAAUAAAAAUGAGUUUUAGAUAGAAUAUUAUCAACCGCGCUCCCGUGCACACACACAAGCUUUUUUCCAUUUCAUUUAUCUUUUUAUAUCACCUGAUUUGCUGGAUUUAAUGCAUUAACAUCAACUUGACCUCAACACCAAAGCAGGGAAUUAGCAAAGAUUUAUUUCCCAGAAUUCUUUGUUCUGUAGAUGAGGUGAAAAAUGAACGUGUUUGAUGUUUGAUUACUUUAAAGCACAGGUGUCAAACUCAGUUCCUGGAGGGCUGCAGCUCUGCAGUUGAAGCUGCGGUCACACUUGACUUUUCUUCCCAUAGACUUCCAUUCAUACGCACGCGAAUGCGUCAGACCGAAAACGCAGGGUCAUGCGUUAAGUUUCGCAGUUCGCUGCGGUGCAAAGUUCAAGCUUGGUGAACUCUGAACUGCGAAAUCCCAUCACUUGACUGCGUAAGACCAAUCGAGGAUUAAAACACAACCUCUCUGGACAGAAAUUUAAAAUAUAAAGCAAUCGCUCGCUUUUUUUAAUGCCUAAUCAUCUUGUUUAAUCCCGCCUCUUUUUGCAGUGCCGCACGACAGAAUUUCGCACACACAAAGCACGAUGUGACCGUAGCUUUAGUUCCAGCCCUAAUUAAACACACCUGAUCAAACUAAUUGAGUGCUUUAGGUUUGUUUGAUACCUACAGAUAGGUGUGUUGAAGCAGGGCUGGAACUAAACUGUGCAGGGCUGUGGCCCUCCAAGAAUUAAGUCUGACAUCCCCGCUUUAAAAGAACAAACUAACUAGUUUUUAAUGUGUUAGCAUGGUUGAAAACACAGCAGGUGUGUUUUAAGGCCACUGCAGGGAUAUAAACAAAGCGUGUGUUUUUGGUGUGUGUGUGUGUGUGUGUGUGUGCCUCUGCUGAAAAGGCCUUUACCCAGAAUCUUUUGCUGCAGCAUGUUUGGUGUUUUUAAGUAAUGGUGGAAUGUAUUUUGCUGCGCGCUGCUCAGAAACCUUCUUGUCUUUGAUGUUUGGCGAUUUGAGAGUCUGAUCUGAGUGAUUUAAAGCGUUUACCUUCUGUGUUGAGGAACUUGCGUGUGUUUCUGCAGUCUGAACUGUCCUCUAAAGCCAUCUGAUUCUUGCUGCACUCAGGAAAAGGGCUUCUUUCUGAAAUAAGAAACGACUGAGUUUGCUGAUGUUUGCUUGUUUCUGCAUUUAUCUGAGCCAGUCUCAACACUGACCGCUUGUACGAAAGCCAAAGUUACUUAAAAACAAGAGAAAAGAACUAGAAUGUGGAGGUCAGAGGUCAUUCUGUCCUGUCCUCACCUUAGUGUUACUGCUUUUUGUUUUUAUUGGGUGGGUUUCACAAAGCACAUGCACUGAAAAAAGUAUUCAUUGGAUUUACUACAUUUUUUAAGGUAAGUGGUUGCAAACAUUUUAUAUUGGCUGAAUUUCAGCAACCAAAUGAAGUUGAACAUCACUACAAUUAAUUUGUUCGUUUAAAUUUAGCCACUACUUUAAAUUCACUUAACUUAAAUUCACUUAUUGGAUUUACAAAAAAUUGUAAAUCCAAUAAAUAUUUUUUCCAGUGUGUUUGGCGUUAUAUUUCACCAAUUAUUCUUGUUUUUAUUUAGUUUAAUAUAUUUUUUUCUUAGUUGAUAAUUGAAUAAAAUGUAUAUUUAUUUAUUUCAUUUUAUAAUUUGAAUUCAAGUCCCACUGUAGCCAUUCCCCACAACUUUAUAAACGAAAUGUAUAAUUUGAUCUAUCUUAUUUUGCAUUAUAAUAAUAUCACAAUGCAUUAAUUCAAAAUAUUUUCUUUAUCCUUUUGAUUUUGUGGUGAAAUGUCCCCUGGGCCCAGUUUUUCAAAAGAAAUCCAGUGGGAUUUUGGAUCACGGAUUGGAUCAAAUCUUGGAAAUGUUUUUUUUUAAGUAACAGAGGGAUUUUGAAUUAAGAUUAGACCAUCUAAUCCAGGGGUGUCAAACGUACGGCCCGUGGGCCGGAUCAGGCUCACAAAUGGGUUUAAUCUGGCCCGCGAGAUGAUUCUGUAAAGUAUACAAAUGAGCUGCAAUUUUUCAACAAAAGAAACUUCAGUUCCAAUUGCAAACUGUUAAUUUCAUCCGAUCCAAAAGCCUGAAUCAGCAUCAGUUUGACAGCCUUCUCAGAGCGAAAGACCAAAUUUAUGCCUGCCACCACACUGAGGUGUUCUCACGAGGAAGCGUAACUAUUUCACAAUUUGUUAGUUUAGUGGCUAAUUUAUACAAAUGUAGUCGUAGGAAAAUGUACGAUAUAAAAAAGUAGGGAUGGCACUCAACCACACCCCUAAACCCAACCGUCAUUGGUGGAUAUGCAAAUCGUACUUAAUUGUGCGAAUGAGAUCGUACGAAUUAGCCACUAAAUCAAAAAGCUACUAAUUGCCGUGAGAUCUGUUGUCCUCGGGCUCCAGCUUUAUGUUUUAUGUCGAUGGUAUUAAAACUAAGAAAACAAUCUGAAGUUGUUGUUUUUAAGUUAUAUAUACCAUGAUUUUACCGGUCCGGCCCACUUGGGAAUAAUUUUCCUACAUGUGGCCCCUGAGCUAAAAUGAAUUUGACACUCCUUAUCUAAUCCAAUCUUACUUUUGAUGUGGAUCAAACCUGCUGUUUGGGUUACUCAAAACUUUGAACUCAGAUUGGGAUCUAUUUGAUCCCAAAAAAAAACAACAGGAUUAUCCUAGUCCCAUCAGAAGGGAUUCAGUUGUGAUUUUAACCAAAAUAAACCAAUUAAAAUAAAAUAAACAUUAUUUUUUAAGUGAAUGAUCACAAACUUUAUGGUUUCUGAUAAUAUAUAAAUUCCUUCAUAUUUGAAACCUAUAUGAAGCAUGUCACAUCUAAUGAAAUAUGGUAUAUAACUAUAACAAAAGAAUAUCAAAGAAGUAUUGUAUUAGAACAAACUCAAAAUGUUUGUCGAUUACAGUGUUUCUGUUUCUUACCAUUAAAACAAACAAUGGCUGUUUGUGGCCACUGCUAUUUUGCCUACCUUGCCAACCCUAGUUGUUCUUUGCUAAGCCAGUAGCCACACUGUUGGUUCCAUUUAAGGCUCUGGUAAACAGGAUUUGGUAAUCCUGAAAUUUAGUAUUUGGAUCACAGUGAUCCAACCCAAUGAUCCCUUAAAAAAAAGCUGUCAUAAAAGUGAGAUGGAUCAGUUAAUCCUGGAUAGCAAAACAUGGGCUUUCUAAAUCUGGACCAAUUUGACCUGGAUUAUUUUCUUUUAAAAACUGGGCCCUGGGCAUGUUUGAUCUUAUUAGAUGCUUUCAGUAAACUCUGCAUGAAUGUUUAGCAGAAAAAACGAUGUCCACUGACACUACUGAGCCUAGUUAAAGCUCCACCAGCACACAAACCAGCUCAAAACCUCAAGUCCAGCUAGUUAUAUUAACUAUCUUUGGUCUACAAUCCUCCAGAUGUCUUGUGGAGGAGUUAUAACACUUCCUUAGUAGCUAAAUGUUCCAUAAGGAGGAACUCUAAUCUUAAUAUCUCAACAUUCACAGUAUCUAUAACUAAAACACUACUGACUGAAUGAAGGGAAAGUACUUUCAAACACCAAAAUCCACAACAUAAACUGGAUUUUAAGCUGUUACGCAGUAAUUUUUGUGUCUGUGUGUGUUUGUGUUUGAUUGGUGACAUGGAACUGACUGACUUUGCAAUGAUGUGUAAAAAAAGGUCUGAAAUUGAGUCUGUUUUUCCUCAAGAGCUGAAUAAAACAGGUCUUUGAUCUCCUCA